CCUGGCAAUAGUCAACGACUCAUUCUUGAAGGUCAAUUAGCGCUGGAAUGUUUAAGUUUAUUCACAUUGUCAUUAUUUGUUGUGGAAGUACCAUUGAAAAUAUGGGCAAUGGGAUGUCGUCAGUGGGGUCGUCAAUUACUAUUUAUCAUUGAUAGUCUCAUAUGUAUUGUAUGUUUCUCAUUAAAUAUUUACAAUAUUUUUCGACAUGUGAAUCGACCAACACGAAUAACGCCAACAACAACAGGAAAUACAUCGAAAGUUUUAGAAUUAUGCAACUAUUUACAUAUUACAUUACAAGCCGAUACAGCAUCAACAUUUGCCGAGAUUUUUGGUCUUUUGAUUAUUUAUCGACUGUGGUAUAUAAGAAGAUUUAUUAGAA